CACUGAGACCUCGCUGUUUUUAAUUUCCCCUCACGACCCUUCAUCAUCUGCUCAAGAAGGUUGUCAAUCAGCACCGCGAUCGGAAGGUCACCUGCCUUUCAGUUCCCACUUUGCUUUCUCCAUGUUUAACGUGGUUGAAACAGUCACAGUUGGGAGCAGAUAAGGAGGCUGCGAUAAGAGGGACGGCCCAGCGCUGCCUAGACAAGACUGUUGUGAAAGUUGUCGAGCUCUUAGCUGGAAUGCAGUGACAGGUCUGGACCUGAACUUCCGCAUUAAGGCAGGAAGAAGUCAGACAGCCAGAUGCAAUCCAUCGCAGCACACCCAAAUCUGACUGUAUAUGAGUGUUUUUCUGGCGUCGAGCCGUGUUAGAGAAUUAAAAAACCUCGAGGUGGAACCGAUGAGAAGCUGUUGUCUUGAAACCGACAGGUGAAACGAGGAUUAACACACUUUGAAAAAGAUGGAUGACAUCGACGCCAUGUUCAGCGACCUGCUGGGGGAGAUGGACCUCCUCACUCAGAGUCUCGGCCAGGAAACAGCACCUCCCGAGCCUCUCCCCAGCACCGACGAGGAAGUCAACUUCUCCAAAUGCCUCACCGACCUGAAUGAGUCCCUCCAUGAGCUGGAGGACAAUGAUCUGGACGCUCUCAUGGCUGAUCUGGUGGCCGACCUCGAAGCGACGGAGGAGAAACUUGCAGCCGACAAACAAGGUCUGAAGUUGCCGUCGCCGCCCCCGCCUGACCUGCCGCCACCACCACAGGGCCCGAGCACACACCCUGCACCCUUCCUCCCUUCCCCGACGUCCCCUGCGGGCAGCACCAGCAGCAACGUUAGCACCCCGGCCUCCUCUGCCACCUCCCCUUUACCACCUCCGCCUCCUCAGUCUGCAAAGCCCUCGAUGGAGGAGAUCGAGGCUCAGAUGAAAGCAGACAAGAUCAAACUCGCUCUUGAGAAGCUCAAGGAAGCUAAAGUGAAGAAGUUGGUGGUGAAGGUGCUGUUGAACGACGGCAGCUCCAAGACUCUGAUGGUCGACGAGAGGCAGAAUGUGAGGGAGGUUCUGGACAACCUGUUCGAAAAGACUCACUGUGAUUGCAACGUGGACUGGAGUCUGUGUGAGACCAACCCUGAACUGAACCUGGAACGGACGUUUGAAGACCACGAGAACCUUGUGGAGCCUCUCUUAGCGUGGACGAGGGACAGCGAGAACAAAAUCCUCUUUCAAGAGCGGCCGGGAAAAAAUGAGGUCUUCAAAAACCCGCAGAACUUUUAUCUAUGGAAGAAGGAUAAGAGAUCGCUCAAAGAAAUAAAAGACAAGGACAAAGAGUUAUUAAUACAGGAGAACUUCUGCGGCACCUCCAUCAUCGUGCCAGAUCUCGAGGCCGUCAUGUACCUCAAAGAAGACGGCAAGAAGUCCUGGAAGCAGCGGCUCUUCCAGCUGAGGGCCUCGGGAAUUUAUUACGUUCCCAAAGGGAAAACUAAGUCGUCCCGUGACCUCGUCUGCUUUGUCCAGUUUGACAACUUAAACGUCUACUAUGGCAAGGACUUCAAGAGCAAAUACAAGGCUCCGACCGACUUCUGCUUCGUUCUGAAGCAUCCUCAGAUCCAGAAAGAGUCUCAGUACAUCAAGUACCUGUGCUGCGACGAUGCUUGGACCAUGAACCUCUGGGUAACCGGAAUACGUAUCGCAAAGUACGGUGUGUCGCUGUAUGAAAACUAUAAAACAGCCGAGAAGAAGGCUGCUGUCAGCUCGGCGUGGACGAACCGCAGCACUCCAUCAAGCUCCAAUCCAUCAACGCCCUCGCCCACCAUCAAAGCUAAAUCACCAAGCCAGGCCAACGGUCACGCUCCCAAGCCCCAACCAGGACCUGUUUCUCAGGACUUUGAAAAUGUCCCACCUCCACCUCCACCCCCUCCUCCACCAAUGGCUGAUGUCCUUCCUCCACCACCUCCAGACCCAGUCCUCCCUGCUCCACCUCCUUUGGCCGCCAAGAAAUCCCUCAAAUCUGCUUCCCCACAGCGACACCUGCCAUCCAACUUCCCUCUACCUCCACCUGCAAUGGACAACCUCCCUCCUCCACCGCCACCUCCACCCAUUGACGACGGCCCAGAGGCCCCGCCAGACUUCCUUCCACCUCCUCCUCCUAUUACUGGCUUUGGUUCACUGCCACCUCCUCCACCGUCUAUGAGCAGCCUACCACCACCGCCUCCCCCAGCUAGUUUCGGGGGUAUGGACCAGUCUCUGCCUCCUCCACCACCCGAUCCAGGGUUUUUACCACCACCUCCACCUCAGCCAAUGUACACAGGAGCUGGAGGAGUCCCACCACCACCUCCUCCGCCUCCACCUCCUCCUGCUGCUGCACCAAGAGCGGCGCUGCGGCCUACAGGCUCGGUGAAGAAGGUUCCACCUACUCCGCCAAAGAGGACUACACCAUCGCUGCAGGGAGGAGGAGGAGGAGGAGGAGGAGACUUCAUGUCAGAACUGAUGAUGGCCAUGAACAAGAAGCGUAGCGAUCAUUAGCCCGAGUUUGGAAUCUGUGGAGUACAAGUAUAGUAAGAACUGCCACGUGUUGAUUUCUACCAAAUGGCUACUGUUGACAUCCACAACAAUACUAAACAUCCACAUGGAGCCAGUGGACAUCCAUCAGCUGUAGACUUCACCUCUCCCAGAAAACACUGCUCCAUCCGCCCUUUUUCUGAACUGCUUAUCCAAGACAUAAUCUUGCAUGAAUCAACCGAGAGGUUUAUUAUUAUAAAGACCAAAGAGUUCAACUUUUAACAAGUUGAAAUUGUUAGAUACCAGGGGCCUCAUUACAGAAUCAGUUCGGGAUGAGAUUUGAGGAUCUUAAGGUAUAACUGAAACAGGUUUUAUAACUGCUUUCAGGAAAUGUUACUAUUUCUCAAUGGAAAAAGUUGUGAUGGAAUUCAGAAUAACUGCCAAAAUGGAAGCACCAUUAUUGUUAGGUCAGUAUGGCAAUGAUAAUACAUAUGGGGAACAACAGAAACACUGAAAUAUUAUAAUUGAAAGGCUUUACCAUAACUGCUAGAGAGGCUAUCACUGAUGUUAGCCUGUUGGAGAAGCUAGCACAGAUGUUAACAUGUUGGAGAAGCUAACACUGAUGUUAGCAUGUUAGAGAAGUUUAUAUAAAAGUCAACUAGUUAGAGAGGCUUCUACUAAUGUUAGCCUGUUGGAGAAGCUAACACAGAUAUUUACUCUGAUGGUAGCCUGUUGGAGAAGCUAGCACAGAUGUUAGCAUGUUGGAAAAGUUUAUUUAAAACUCAACUAGUUAGAGAAGCUUCUACUAAUGUUAGCCCACUGGAGAAGCUAACACAGAUAUUUACUCUGAUGUUAGCCUGUUGGAGAAGCUAGCACAGAUGUUAGCAUGUUGGAAAAGUUUAUAUAAAAGUCAACUAGUUAGAGAAGCUUCUACUAAUGUUAGCCCACUGGAGAAGCUAUCACUGAUAUUUACUCUGGUAAUAACUUCUCCCACAGGCUAACAUCAAAGUGGGCCAAUUGGAGAUGCUAACACUGAUGUUAGCCUAUAGGAGAAGCUAACACUGUUGUUAGCCUGCAGAAAUAAAUAUAAAAGCAGGAAGGUAAGAGGUAGGAUAUGAUACAGCCAUAAAUUUAGGAAGAUACAGCCAUGAAUGUAAGAAAUUCUUCCUCAAUAGGAAGAUUCUUGCUGUCUUUGAAACUUAGAUUAAAAUAAGACAACCAGUUAGCAGCUAGCGCAAUUUUUUUCUGUAAUGAAGCCCCUGUUACAUUCUGUGUUUGAAAGCUAGAGUUUUUCAGUGAAUCACAAUUUUCUGGGAAAAAAAAAAGAAAAACCCAAACUCGACGCAACAUCUGUUGGGGUGUAUAAUUAUUGUUUUGUAUGAUAUAAAAUGAUACCGCCGUUGUCAUAAUUAAGAGAAGCGUUUAUAGAAUUGUAUAUAUUGUCAUGUGUUUGUAUGGAGGGCUGUAAAUACUAUUAAAAAAACCCACCUGUUAUUUGGGAAUACACAGUGUAGUCCAUUACUGUAGCUUUUUAAAUGACUGUUGCCGAAAUAAAUACUCAAAACAUUCCCGGUGAGAUAUGAAACAAA